AUGGCAUCGGAAAAUGCCGACAGCGUCGUCAUCGAGGGACUCAGCCUGGCCUACGAUACCACCGACGUCUUGAAGGGUAUCGACCUGCGCAUCGAACCGGGGGAGCUGUUCACCUUCCUGGGGCCGUCGGGAUCGGGCAAGUCGACGCUGUUGCGCUGCGUUGCCGGCUUCGGCCCGACGCCCCGCGGGCGCAUUCUGAUCGGCGAACACGAGGUGACGCAUCUGCCGCCGUGGCGGCGAAACGUCGGCAUGGUCUUUCAGUCGUACGCGCUGUGGCCCCACAUGACCGUGUACCGGAACGUCGCCUUCGGGCUCGAGGAACGCAGGGUGCCGUCGGCCGAGAUCCCCAGACGGGUGGAGGCCGCGUUGGACAUGGUGGGACUCUGGGAGUUGGCGGACCGGCGGCCCUCACAGCUUUCCGGCGGCCAGCAGCAACGAGUGGCCCUUGCCCGCACCAUCAUCGUCGAGCCCCGGGUCCUGCUGCUGGACGAGCCGCUGUCCAAUCUGGACGCCAACCUGCGCGUUCAAAUGCGGCGUGAGAUUCUCGAGCUGCAGCGGAAGCUGAAGCUGACCACCAUCUUCGUGACUCACGACCAGGAGGAAGCCAACACCAUCUCGGAUCGGAUCGCCGUGCUCGACGAGGGCAUUCUGCAGCAGGUGGGAUCGCCCAUGGACCUUUACGACAGCCCCGUCAAUCGUUUCGUUGCCGACUUCCUCGGCACCGCCAACCUCCUGGAUGGAGCGGACCCUGCCAUGGCCGCAACGGCCUUUCCCGGCCGUGUCGGACAUCGCGAGUUCCUCGGCAACCUCAUCCGAUAUACCGUCGCGGUCGACGAAGACACGUCCCUGCUGGUGGACGACACGCACCAGCCCGGCCGCCGGGCCUUCUCCGUCGGCGACAAGGUGACCGUCAACGUCGACAUGGAACACGUGCAGAUACUGAGCGGCUAA